AUGUUGGCGUUACGAAAGCACAAAAAUGGCUGUCGGCAGUGCCUAAGUCCACCAUUCGGAGUACCUCUUGAUCACAUUGUAAAAUUUUUUCACAUGGAUACCGCCUCAUGUGCCCUCGACGAGUUCGCAUUCAUUGAUGCAGACGAAGCAAAAACAACACUAACUGUUAAUGAACCCCCUCAUGAAAGCAGUGCUAACACGAGCAAUAAUAAUAAUAAUGAUUCGCCGUUGUUGUUAUUGGAAGAAGAUGGUGUUGCCACUAAAGGAACUGAUUCUGGAUUGGGUUCUGAAGGAUCCAAUCAGUCUUGUACAACCAGUCCUGCCAGGUCGUCAGUUCACCUCGAGGACGACGAAGGCUUCGAACCGGACAGCAAACGCCAUAAUUUCCAGUCGAUCUCUAAAAUUCGUAUCACACUUAACGGAACACAUUCCGCCUCGCCAACUUCGACCUCGAUGUUCUCUUCGGAUGCUGACAGUCCUUCGCAAAAAGCGUCGUUGCCAAGCACCUCCGAUACGUCUUCUGGUGUAUAUAAUAGUUCUCAUCACUAUGAUAAUUUUGUUUCAUCCACGCAGAGUCAACACUUUACAGCAUCUUACUCAUAUAUGAACGGCAAUGCUACGGAACGAUCCACAAAUCUGCCGUUGGAGGUUUGGGAUUCUGGAGAUUUUGAUGAGGCGGUUGAUUGCAUGGAAUCGACGUCGAAUCUUGUUUCGACAUCCACCGCAUUGACGUCGUCAUCGGCAAUUGCUGAGCUGAGCAAUCCAAUGAAGUUAUCUCUGCAAACACUUUACGACGAUGUAUCUUGCUACCAAGCGCUUGAUCUAGCGAAAUCUUCCAUAAUGAGAAGUGUGGCAUCCAGUUUAAUUGUGGCCUUUCUGUGCGAACUGAACUCCUAUUGCAAAUGGUUAUCGAAAUGCGAUGCCGUUGGUUGGUUUUUGUUUGUUUGUCGAAUUGAAUGA